GCGAGUUGGCGGCGGCCCGAGCUCGCCGGAAAGUUGGUGCCGGCUGAGCCGGUGGCGCCCGCUCGCCAUGCAGAGACCCAGCGGCCAGGGGACCGCCUUUUCCAUCGACUCGCUCAUCGGGACGCCGCCGCCGCGCUCAGGGCACCUGCUGUACACCGGGUACCCCAUGUUCAUGCCGUACCGGCCGCUGGUGCUGCCGCAGGCACUGUCCCACGCGCCGCUGCAGUCGGGGCUGCCGCCGCUCGCACCGCUGGCCUCUUUCGCCGGCCGCCUCACCAACACGUUCUGCGCCAGCCUGGGCCAGGCCGUGCCCUCCAUGGUGGCCCUCACCACGGCGCUGCCCAGCUUCUCCGAGCCCCCCGACGGCUUCUACCCGCCGCAGGAGCUGCCCCCGCCGCGCGUCACCCCCGACGCCGGCUGCCGGCGGGGCGCCGAGGGCCUGGAGCCGGAGGAGCUGCCCCCGGGGCGCGACAAAGGGCCUCCCGAGCCGUCGCUGCACUUCCCGGACCCCUUCCCAGGCCUGGCAGACGCCAAGGCGUACAGCUCGGACGAGGAGAAGCUGGAGGUGAAAUCGGCAGCGACGCCGUGCAGCGAGCGGGAGGAGGAGAGCUCGGCGGGCGACAGCGAGGAGGAGCCCUUCCUGGACGGGGCGGCCGCGGCCUCUCUGGGCCCCAAGGGGAAGGGGAAGGGCGGCCCCGCGGCCGAGCAGCCCCCGCCGGGCUCCGGGGCCGGGAAGAGCCGCCGGCGGCGCACGGCCUUUACGAGCGAGCAGCUGCUGGAGCUGGAGAAGGAGUUCCACUGCAAGAAGUACCUCUCGCUGACGGAGCGCUCGCAGAUCGCGCACGCCCUGAAGCUGAGCGAGGUGCAGGUGAAGAUCUGGUUCCAGAACCGCCGCGCCAAGUGGAAACGCAUCAAGGCGGGCAACGUCAGCAACCGCUCGGGAGAGCCCGUCCGCAACCCCAAGAUCGUGGUGCCCAUCCCGGUGCACGUCAACCGCUUCGCCGUGCGCAGCCAGCACCAGCAGAUCGAGCAGGGGGCCCGACCCUGAGCCGCGGCGGCUCUCGGACCCUGGGGCGGAGCGCCGGCAGCGGGAGGGGCCCGGGGCCGCUCGCACUCCUCUGUACAUGUCCCUUAUUUAUU